GGAGCAUGGAGCGGGCACCGGGAGUGUUCGGGGGACCCAAGGUUGAGCUUCAUGUCCACCUGGAUGGAGCCAUUAGACCAGAGACAAUCUUAUACUUUGGCAGAAAAAGAGGGAUCCCUCUCCCCGGCGACACUGUUGAGGAGCUCCUGAAGUACAUCAGCUAUGACACACCACUGACACUCCCCCAAUUUCUAGAGAAAUUUAAUUACUACGUGCCUGCUAUUGCGGGUGACCGUGAGGCAGUGAGGAGAAUUGCCUACGAGUUCGUGGAGACGAAGGCAAAGGAAGGAAUCGCCUACGUGGAGGUCCGGUACAGCCCUCACCUCCUGGCCAACUCUGGCGUGGAUCCCAUCCCCUGGGGACAAGCUGAGGGAGACCUCACUCCAGAUGAAGUCGUGCAGCUCGUAAAUCAGGGACUACAGGAUGGAGAAAGGGAUUUCCACAUCAAAGCCAGGUCUAUUCUAUGCUGCAUGCACCAUAUGCCAAGCUGGUCUCCAGAGGUGGUGGAGCUCUGCAAGAAGUAUCGAAACGACUCUGUGGUGGCCAUUGACCUGGCUGAAGGUCAACCUUCAGAGACCCUGAAGGUGGAGAAUGACUCUGAGCAUAAGAAGGCUUAUGAGGAAGCUGAGAGGUGUGGGAUUCAUCGCACUGUCCACGCUGGGGAGGUCGGACCCGCUGCCAUGGUCAAGGAGGCAGUUUACGUCCUGAAGGCCGAGCGUAUUGGCCAUGGAUACCAUGUCCUGGAGGACCCUGAGCUCUACAAGGAGCUGCUGAGAACAAAGAUGCAUUUUGAGGUCUGCCCGUGGUCCAGUUAUCUCACUGGAGCGUGUUCUCCAGACUUCACCAAACACCCCGUAAUACAAUUUAAGAAGGAUCAUGCCAACUAUUCUCUAAACACGGAUGACCCCCUCAUCUUUAACUCCACCAUUGACAAGGAUUAUGGCAUAGUCAAGGAAUACAUGGGCUUCACCGAAGAGGAGUUCAAGAGAGUUAACAUCAACGCAGCCCAGUCCAGCUUCUUACCUGAGAAGGAAAAGCAGGAGCUGCUCAACAAGCUGUAUGAAGCCUAUGGGAUGGUCCCCAACACAUCGUGACCAGUCCCUGUGAGCCACCGUGGAGCAGGGCCCUUCUCCGUGUGCUGACUCCUCUGUGCCCGUUGGAGCUUGGGGAGGAGGUGCCCAGGGUUGGUCUCUAUUCCUGGCAGCCCUGUGUUAACCCUUACAAUGCUCAUCAGAAUCAGACUAUCACAUUCACCCACCUAUAUCCCACAAACUCUCUCCCAAAUGGAUAUCCAGCUUCCUGUCCUGCUGUUGUACAAGCAGACUGGAUCUGCCUGCUGGCCUGACUCCCUUCUCCAUCUGUCAGUGUUUCUGUACUGCAAAUGCAAACAGAAGAACCUCCCCUGCUUUUUCCCCCCCCCUCUUUCCCUGUUUUUCCUGUCCUGACCCACUGACCUGCCUGGCCCUCGUCUGCGGUGCCAAAACAACCACCUUUAACUCUGACUGUGGCCUGGGUUAAUCUUCACCCUUGCAGGGAAGAGGUGUGUUAGUGCUGGUGGGGAGUGAGCAGGUGUUUCAGACUCAGAGGCUUUAUUCCUGUCCCUGUGGGUAGGAAGGUUUGGUCACAGCUCUGUUUACACAGGGUUAGUCUUGUACUAACAAGACUGGAACAAGAACAAGCUGUAAACU